CCCGUGAUUUCGUAAGCCGGUUAUAGACUCUCCCGUUUACGUCAAAUCCUAGACGGCCAUUUUGCACGAUAAUCUGGCUGGGAGUACAACGUAAACAUUGAUUUGGGCUGAAGUCGAAAACAUUUUUUUAAACACAUAAUGUCACUUACUCAAAGAUCAAGUGGUCUUGUUCAACGUAAAACUGCCACUGUACAAAGUGUUGGGGCAGAUGGGGGCGUGGAAGAACGAGACGACGAGGGGUAUACCCCGGACGAAGAGGAAGACCACGAUUCAAAGGAAACCAGAUUGACUUUAAUGGAGGAAAUUCUUUUACUAGGGCUCAAGGACAGGGAGGGGUACACAUCAUUUUGGAAUGACUGCAUUUCUUCAGGUUUACGAGGUUGCAUAUUAAUAGAACUUGCUCUGCGAGGAAGACUUGAACUUGAAAAAGCAGGCAUGCGUAGAAGAAGUCUCCUAAACCGAAAAGUCCUUUUAAAAUCAUCCAAUCCAACAGGAGAUGUAUUACUGGAUGAAACACUGAAGCAUAUAAAAGAGACAGAGCCACCAGAAACUGUUCAAAGUUGGAUAGAAUACCUCAGUGGUGAAACAUGGAAUCCUCAUAAACAAAAGUACCAACUGAGAAACGUUCGUGAACGAUUGGCCAAGAACUUGGUGGAGAAAGGCUUAUGUACAUCAGAAAAACAGAACUUUUUAUUAUUUGACAUGGCAACUCGUCCACUUACUGAUGGUGGCAUCAAGCAAAAACUUUUUGAAAAAGUCCAAGAAUCUGUGCUCAGUCGCUGGACAAAUAAUCCCCAGAAAAUGGACAAAAGAAUGCUCUCCCUUAUUUAUCUGGCUCACGCCUCGGAUGUUUUAGAAAACGCCUUCGCUCCAUUAUCUUAUGACGACUAUGAAGUGGCGAUGAAGCGUGUACAGGAGUUAUUGGGCCUUGAGUUCGAUGCAGAGAGCUUGAAAGAGGGUGCAAAUGAACUCAUGUGGGCAGUGAUAGCAGCUUUUAGCAAAUAGGCGGGGAAAUGUCGUGUAGGGGGGAAAAUGGGACAAUUAUGUUAUUUAAAGAUAAAAAAAUAUGUAAAUUCAAAAGAAUAAUUUUUGUUUAUGUUUGUUGUGAAUAUAUUUCAGGACCAUAACAUUGCAAAUUCUGACAGAAUUUUUCCAUUAGGUUGCAAGUAAAACUUGUGUUUAUUUUUCAGUCAAGACUUUUUAAUGAAACUGCAAAAUCAACUUCAAUUAAAAAAAUAAUUUAGCCACCACUCAGAUUUUUUAAAUGUUUAAUGAAUUCUGUGUUGAAAUAAACACAUUUUUAAAACAUAAAGAAAGGUUUAGAAAUGAGAAUUUCUUUAAAUAAGAAAGCUACAAUUAUAUCCAUUAGACUAUCAGAUAAAUAUAUGCUCUGGUCUUUCAUUAAACUCUGCUUUGCAGUUAAUACCAUUUGUGUAGCCACUUCUUUCAUAGCAGUGAGUAAAUUGCACCAAUAUUUAUAGAGCUUUUCAUGAUAUAAAUUGAUUAUUCAGACAGGGUUCAUAUGUGAACACGUGUAUGCAUCACACACUAACAUUCCUACUGAGUUAGUAUAAUUGUUGAAUAAUUCUUUACAAUGUAAAAUCCAUUUUUGCAUCAAUUAUCCGUAAUGGAUUGAAAAAACCAGUUAUAGAAUGCUUAAAUAAUGUACACCUCUUCUGGAGGUAAAGUUUAUCUCCAAGAUUCAUACAUGUAGUGUUCAAAAUUGAAAAUUAAAAUUCUAAUGCAUUACAACUGAGCUUGAUGCAAGUGACUGAUGCAUUGUGAUCACCUCAGUUUUACCUUGUGAUGUAAAUAUGUGUGGUAGUAUUGUGAUAUAGUUAGAUGUAUCUUGGAUUUUGCAACAGUUUUUGUUGCAUGGCAUUUAUGUUUUUUUUUUAAAUUGCCACAAAAAAGAUGAAUAUUCCACUGUAAAUCGGAAGGAAUAAAAAGAAACAAGAGUUAGAAUAUUUUUAUUGAAAUAUUGAGAAAUGGGGUGGGGUGGGGUAUAUUUUAUUUAGAUGCGAGUCCUAUAAGGUCAAAAGCAACAUACAUGUACUUUACCUUUCUCAAUGAUAAUUUUACAAGAAAUUCUUUAUUUUGAAUCAUCAAAUGGUAUUAGACCUAAAGAAAAACUCAGAAUAUUUUACCAAACAGAAACUAAAUGAAAAAAAUUACUCAUAUUUUUUUUCAUUAACCAAAAUGUAGAUUUAGCUGGUAUUAUUCAGAAGAAUUACACAGUAUUACCAGGCAUUAUGAAAUUAGAGCGUUUGAAUUAUUCGGAGAAUAAUGCUUCCAAAAUUGCAUAUGUCCGUACAUGCUUUUCAUAUGUGCAUAGCCAUAUACAUGUAAUUUAUAAGUAUUUUUCUUUUUCAUACUGUACAUUUUAUUAUGUUUAUUUCUACUUAAAGUUGUUUUUUUUGUUUUGGUGUUUGCCUAUUCUCCUUAUUAAAGACUUACUGUUUAAUUCCAAUAUACUAUCUAAAUUAACACAUGAUGUAAAGUAUGGCUAAAGUUUCAAAAACCUGAUUGUGGUGUUGGAAAUCCUCGAUUUUUUUGUGAAGAAUCAAUUAUCAGUAUUUGUUUUUACUAUUGGAUGAUUGUUGUCUGGGACAAUCCCUUUCUCUUCAUCAUGAAAUAUGUGAAAUUGACAGGUUCUGUCUGGAUCAAACCUUCAACUUAUCCAGAGCAUUUAUUUGUUAGUCUUUAAGAAUACUUUAAUGUUUAUGAUUCUUUUUCUCUUUUUUGUUAUAUAUUCCUGAUUUGUUUUAUCAGUUAUCACUGUGUAUUUGAUAUCACAUACAUGUGUUUCUCUCUGCUAGAUGAUUUUCAUCUACUGGUUUUAGGGUGUUGGCAAGUGAAAUUGUUGAUUAUAAAAAUAAUUAUGUUUGCAAAAAUACUGUACAUUGCGUGUACAGUAUUUAUGUCAAUGCCUCUGAAACUGUUUUAUUUGAUUCUAUAGAAACUUACAAAUCCAGGAAUAAAUGUACACGUAUGGCAUUUUUUUAUGGAGUCAAUCAUAUUCCACAGAAUGUUGUAUUUAUUUUUGUCUUGGGAGAACAUCUGUAUAUAAGGUAAUAUUUUGAUUUUAUAUUCCUCUGAAGUACAUCUAGAUUGCUUAACUGUAAUCGUCCUUAUGUCGUAGAAUUUGUAACACCUCAAACUUUAUUUAUAAUGUCUCGUCAGUGGUAUGACUGUAAGGAGUGAGGUGUGAAAAGUGGUUUGUAUGGUCAGAUGGUCAGACCAAGCUUUACAGAAAGCAACACAGAGUGGUAUUGGUCCCUGUAUAUUACCAUGUUAUAUCAAAAUUAUGAA